UCUUCAUCAUCGAAAAUGCGUUUCAGUUCACAUGCAGCUCUGGGGCUUCUUGCCGCGAGUAUCACAAAUGCUCUCCCGGCUCCCCAGGAUGAUACCCCCCCGACAAUCUCGCCGUCAGCCGAUGAUCUCGAAACCCUAGCUCAAUUGUCGCAACACGCACAGGAAGUGACGAAUUCGAGCCUGUCGACGGGAAAGCGACAACUGGGAAGUUGCACUCUCCGCAAUCUUUCCGUUCGGAGGGAAUGGGGCACACUCUCCAACCCAGAGCGCAAGGCCUACACCGAUGCCGUCUUGUGUCUGCAGAAGAAGCAAUCCAAGACACCAUCAUCUCUCAUCCCAGGAGCCAAAUCCCGCUUCGAUGACUGGAUUGGUACGCACAUCAAUCAGACCACUACUAUACACUACACUGGUACUUUCCUCGCGUGGCACCGCUACUUCACGUGGGAAUAUGAGCAAGCGUUGCGUAAUGAGUGCGGAUACAAAGGAACUCAGCCUUACUGGGACUGGUCGAAGACAGCCAAGACUGGCCACGAGAAGUCCCCUAUCUUCGAUGGCUCCGAGUUUUCCAUGUCUGGAAAUGGUGAGCUAGAUGACAACAAGGGUGAUAUUAUGCUUGGAGGCCAAGGUCUUCCAGAAUUCCCGAUUCCUGCAGGGAACGGCGGUGGCUGUGUCACAUCAGGUCCUUUCAAAUCUAUGAGCGUCAACCUUGGCCCCGUACAGCUUAGUCUCCCCGGAGGCAAGACGGAGUCCAACGGCGAUGGAUUGGCGUACAACCCUCGCUGCCUCAAGCGUGACUUGACCAACGAAGUGAACCGCCGGUUCGCAAACGCCACUUCAGUCGUCCGCAACAUCCUGCUUCCUAAGGAUGUCUACGAUUUCCAGAUGACGAUGCAGGGUUACCCUGGCACGAACGAUAUCGGUAUCCAUGGUGGUGGACACUUCACGAUAGGAGGUGACCCAGGUCGUGAUCUCUUCACUUCCCCGGGCGAUCCUAUCUUUUACCUUCACCACAGCAUGAUCGAUCGCGUUUGGUGGAUGUGGCAAUCCCUUGAUGUCAAGAAAAGGACCAGUGCUGAAGGCAUCGCGGGAACCGGCACCUUCAUGAACCAGCCGCCUAGUCCAGACACAACUUUGGACACUGAGAUCAACCUUGGUUUUGCUGCGGGGAGUCCCAAAACAAUGCGCGAUCUGAUGAGCACAACUGCUGGGCCAUUCUGUUAUAUUUACAUUUAG